AUGCAACCCGUGAACAGAGACAUGCGCUCCUACCCGAUCUCCUCGAACUCGCGCUCGAAACUCAAUGCAUUUCGGUAUACAAGCAAGGAUGGAACGGAGCCUGAAACAUCGCCCAAGAAGACCCCGUCAAAGAAGGCAAAUGCCAAUAAAGAGAAUCAGGCGUCAUGGCUGAACGGUGUGGCUGCGCCUCCUUUGGAUCGAAGCAAAGAGGAACCAUCCUUAGGCGCAGCAGAGUCAAAGCCCAUCAAAGAGUGUCCUCAGACCCCGGGCAACAGGAUACCCUUAGCAGACUUGAUCGGUAAUGCCGAAGACGCUAUCACCCAAGCUCCCGGGCCGCAAUUCACGCCAGAAGAUUAUGUGACCUGGCAGCAUGUGCCCGCGAGUUCCAAUCAGGACCCGAUGUCUCAAACGCCGGCAAUCAAAGGCAGAAAGCGCCGCCACAGCUCGUCUCCGACCAGCUCUCCAUUAGCCGGUAACUCCAAGAAUGCGCGAAAAGGGUCCUUCGAUUUGCAGGCAUAUCAAGGGCUGAUUAAGACACCUCAGAAUGAUCUUGCAACUGAAUUGUGGAACAACUAUGUGGGCAAGAUGGGGGCCAACGGCACUAAAGUCCCUCAACCUCAAUUGCCCAACAUUCUGUCAUCUUCACCCCAAACACCUGUUUCGCUAAGAACGAGUCGCGACUCGUCUGGACUGAGACGGUCGACUAGCUGUCUUGCUGAGUGGCCUAAUUCCGCAGCGAAACGGAGAAAGGUAGACGGGGAAAGAUUAGGAAAUGGGCGUGGUAUCUUCUCUCGGACAAGAAGCACUGUAGCCGAUUCGAGUAGCUUCAACCCCUCAAAAAUCAACUUUCUUGUUGAAACAAUCGAGAGAAGUCUUCGCGAGACUCCAGCGGCACAACCGGAUCCCUCAGGCUCGCCUAUACCGGCCAGCAAGAGAGGGCAGAGGGAUCGAUCGGCAUCACCAGUGUAUAGUAAAGGCGCCCCUCAACAUACGACAAGGAGCAAUCAAGAGAACGGGGACCAACGAGCUUCUGGGUCCCAGGGCACGAGAACCGUGCAGAAAUCCUCGUCUGACUUCGGGGACGAUGACCUUGAUGAUGAUUUCUUUGAUCUUGCGCAGGCCUCUAUGGAUCCAUUCGUGGAACCAAGUCAACAUGGCACUGCAAUGGGGGCUAUGAAUACCAAUUACGCCGGCGUGUUGGCCUCGGCCAACCAGCAAAGUCUCCCUGAUGCCAAAAGCAUCUCUGAUUCUAAUACAAUGGGAUCUGCGCCGGCCAUGAACACUAACAACCAAAGCGAAUAUACCCUUGAUGCGGAUGAAUUCGAUGAUGAUUUUGAUGAAUUCUCGGAUAAUAUUGAAGACAUUCUCGCGGAAUGCGAGGCAACCCAGAACACGAAACUGGCAAGACCUGCAGCGAAGAACUUCUUGGCUUCCGAUCAUCCUGGAUCGUUAAAGAGUAUGGACAGUUCUAUGCCCCCGCUCGAGCCGGUGAAAGGGGCUAGCAAACCAGUUGAGACGUCUUCGGGUGACGAGUUUGAUGACGAUGACUUCGAUAUGGAGGCCAUUGAACAGUCUAUGAUGCAGUCAGGUGAAAAGGCGUCAAACGGGACCUUGAACAACCGCCAGGCCAUCAAGCGUUAUCUUAUUGUUGAUGUCGCUGAAUCUACCUAUACAACUCCUAAAGGUCGCAUUCAGCCAGAGCAGGUGCUCUUAGUGCAUGACGAGAGAACAAAGCAAAAGAAGGUUGUUAUCCUGCGGGAUUCAUGGUUCGAUAGCCCCUGCAACAAGGAUCUAUAUAUCCAUCUUAUCGGCGAUUUUGACGCCAAUGGUCAUUGUGUUGUCGAUGACUCUCACAACAUGAUAAUACUCCACCCAGACCACCUUGUUUCGGCGACCGUUGUCGCAGACUCGGUCAGCUGCCAGCGACGAGCUGUCCUUCAAGAUCGUAUCAAAAACACCGGCGACAUCGGAAAACCACAGGUCUUUGGAAACAUAUUCCAUGAAGUCUUCCAAGAAGCCAUGAAGACAAAUCAGUGGGACACAGCCUCGCUCAGGUCUCUGGUUGAAAUUGUUGCUGUGAAGCAUAUCGAAGAGUUGUACUUGAUUCAUAUGAGCAUUGCAGAGGCAGUCGAAUACAUGAUGAGCAAGGUCCCAGCCAUGGUGUCUUGGGCUGAACUUUUCCUCAAGUCACAACCAAGCGCUCAAUCUCUUGUUGAAGAUCGGAAUAGUUCCAAAUUGCGCCUGAGCAUUAGCAAAUUGCUCGAGGUCGAAGAGCAUGUUUGGUCCCCCAUGUACGGUCUGAAAGGGAAUAUCGACGCAACCGUGCAGGUCGCCUGCCAUGAAGAAGGAAACAAGAAGAAUCUUGUUGUUCCACUUGAACUCAAGACGGGUAACAGAGAUACAAACCAAGCUCAUAGGGCUCAAACAGCUCUCUACACCCUUCUGCUAUCCGAUCGUUACGACCUGGACGUUACAUUCGGACUACUCUACUAUCUCGAAACUGCAAAAAUCUUCCGGAUUCGCGGAAUUCGCCACGAACUCCUUCAAAUGAUACAGGCACGCAAUCGUCUAGCGGGAUAUAUGCGCCAAAGAACGGAACUCCCGCCGAUGGUCAAGCGAGCGGGGAUGUGCAACAAAUGCUUCUCUAAGACUCCCUGUUUCAUUUAUCAUAAACUUGCGGACGACGGUGACGGCGAAACGAGCGGGCUCGGCGACGAAUUCGUGAAGGCCAUGGAACACUUGAACCCCCAGCAUCGUGACUUCUUCCAGAAAUGGGACAGUCUGCUUACAAAGGAAGAGCAAAGUAUGAUGAGAUUCAAGCGGGAACUCUGGACUCUUCUGAGUAGUGAACGAGAGGCUCUUGGCCGGUGCUUCGGAAACAUUGUCAUUGAACCUGGGACAACAUACGAAGACAAAGACGGGUUGAAAAUCAACCGUUAUCGGUACACUUUCAUCAAGAAGCACGCUUCGGCUAACUUCUCAUUUACCGAGUCUCAGCUUACUGUCGGGGAACCCAUUGUCAUAUCGGAUGAGAAAGGCCAUUUCGCUCUCGCGAACGGUUACAUAGUGCAGGUCAGCACCAAACGGAUCACAGUUGCAGUGGAUCGAAGACUCCGAAACGCCAGGUCCAAAACCAAGGAUUUCGACGCCAACAGCAAUCAAUCGUUCAAGGGCAUAAUGGAAAUUCUCGAUAGCGGUGCCACUCAGACAACUACAUCUGCCUUCGAGCCGGAGGAAGAAGUUCUAUACCGACUGGAUAAAGAUGAAUUCAGCAAUGGAAUGGCUAUUGUUCGAGCCAACCUAGUCGCCAUGAUGGAGAGAGAUCUCUUCCAGGCCAGACAGCUGAGAAGGUUGAUCAUAGAGGGAGAAGCACCAGUGUUCAAACCCACGGAAUCCACCUACAAAAUGCCUGAGGCUGAGAGAGCAAGCUUGAAUGUUGAUCAGAAGCAGGCGAUUGAUAAAGUCAUGAGUGCGCAGGACUAUGCAUUGGUCCUAGGAAUGCCGGGAACUGGCAAGACAACGACUAUUGCUCACAUCAUCCGCGCUCUGGUAGCGCAAGGGAAAAGCGUGCUCUUAACCUCCUAUACCCACACUGCGGUCGAUAACAUUCUCUUGAAAAUCCGGGAAGACAACAUCCGCAUUCUUCGAAUCGGAGCAGCUGCCAAGGUGCAUCCUGACGUUCAGCAAUUUGUUAACCUCGCGGCCGCUCCUAAAAGCACCAUGGAGGAGCUGAAAGCAGCGUAUGAAGACUCUCAGGUGGUCGCCACGACCUGUCUUGGAGUCAGCCACAACAUCUUUAGUCAACGCACUUUUGACUACUGCAUUGUUGACGAAGCAUCCCAGAUUACUCUCCCCGUGUGUCUUGGGCCCAUCCGGAUGGCGAGUACCUUCAUUCUUGUCGGUGAUCAUUAUCAAUUACCGCCGCUCGUGCAGAACAAAGAGGCCCAAGAAGGUGGUCUUGACGUCAGUCUAUUCAAACUACUCUCUGAUACUCACCCGCAAUCUGUCGUUAAUCUGGAACAUCAAUACCGAAUGUGCGAUCAAAUCAUGCUCCUGUCAAACACUUUGAUUUACUCAGGGCACUUGAAAUGCGGCACUCCAGAAGUCGCGGCACGCUCACUGGUCGUCCCUCACAUCGGUGGGCUCAAACAACACCAUAGUGAGCCUUUUUCCCUAUCUGGCCAACGGCAACUUUGUCUAGGUGCGACUCGUGGCCAUUGCUGGCUCCAUGACCUGCUUGACCCGGACGCCAAAACACGCCUCGUCAACACAGACAAGCUGGCCACGCCUGCUCGGGACGUUGCGACUGGGUCCCGGAUUGUGAAUCCCACGGAAGCAACGCUUUGUGCGCAGCUCGUCGAGGCAUUCAUCUCCAGUGGCAUCCCGGCCCGCAGCAUCGGAGUCAUCACAUUCUACCGCAGCCAGCUCUCCCUUCUGAAGCAAAACCUUCGUCGCCACCUUCCUGACCUUGAAAUGCACACCGCGGAUAAGUUCCAAGGCCGAGACAAGGAAGUGGUGAUAUUGAGCUGUGUACGAAGCAACGCAGACAAGCACGUCGGUGACCUACUCCGUGAUUGGCGACGAGUUAACGUCGCCUUCACUCGCGCACGAACCAAGCUUCUUGUCGUUGGAAGCAAAAGCACCCUCCGUGACGGCAACGAGCUGCUCGGCAAAUAUGUAAAGCUCAUGGAAGAGCAGGGAUGGGUAUACGACUUGCCGAGAGAUGCCGUGGAUAAUCACCAUUUUGAUUUCGACAGCCUCACCCACACCCAACCUCCUCUGCAGGAGGGCUCAACGCCUAGCCCGAACAAGAGCCCGUCGCCGCACAAAAAGCCGUCAACUCGGAACCCACUAAGUCCCCUUCGAGGACGCCAGGCUCCUCAAGGUGGUCUCAGGAAACCUGCCAAGAAGGGCAUAAAAUUGCUCAGCGGGAACAAUGUUUUGGGUAAUCGUCCAGUUCUACAGGACGUCGUGAACGAUCUUGUUGGGUAA